GUCCAGAACAAGAGGAAACAGAUAUUGAUUGGUUAGCAGUGGAUGGUGAAUUACCACCAGAUGUAGAGUCUUUAUGGGCUUCAACAACGGAAGAUAGUAAUACAAACGAUUAUGAAAUAGAAAGUAAAGCAGGUUCCUCCAAGAAUUGGAAUUCACCUUACGCGAGAAUAAUACUUCCAUCAGUGACGGACACUAAAAUUAAUGAAACAUGGAAUUCUUGUAAAAAGUUAAGAGAAACUUACGAAGCGCAAAUUGAAAAUUUUCAACAAGAUUUGUUAAAAUGGUUACAAAAAAUUAAUAAAACAAUUCGUCAAGGAAAUAAGAAUUUUAUUAAAAAAGAAAAUGAUAACGAUAUGUUCUUUCAAGAAAAACAAGAAAGUCUGAAAUGUCUGGAAGAAAAGAUGAAUGAAUUGCAAAAUACGAUCGAACAAAAAUUUUCAAAAUCGACUCUCGAAGGUUUAUUUAAUUAUGAAUUUUCUCAACUAAAAAAACUUGUUCAAGAUUCUGCCGAUGCUGACGAAACUACUACGGAUGAUACAUCUGAAUUAGAUUUAAUGUAUGAAGAUGUACCUUUGCAGCUAUGUCAAGAUAAUCGGUGA